AUGCGGCUAAACCAUACUUGUGGCUUCCAUAAUGCCAACCCUAAGGUCACAUCUGAAUUCUUAGCGGAAAGAUAUAUGAACCAUUUUAGGGAUGAGCCUAACUUGAGUUUGAAGUACUUUAGAAAGCUUAUUUUGAGGGAUAUUGGUGUUGAUGUGAAGUAUUACAAGGCAUAUUAUGCUAGGUUAAUGGCUUUGUAUCUUAUUCAUGGGAUUGCGACAGAGCAAUACAAUAAAGUUUGGGAUUAUGCUACAACAAUUAGGAAAUACAACCCCGGUAGUUCUGCUUUUGUCAUGGUCACCGGAAUAGAACGACCUCCAAUUGUCUUUCAAAGAAUGUAUGUUUGCUUACAACCUUGUAAGGAAGGUUUCAUACAAGGUUGUAGGCACAUAUUAGGGGUGGAUGGAUGUCACUUAAAGGGGAUUUGGCCAGGGGUAUGUCUAGUAGCUGUUGGCAAAGAUGGAAAUAACAACUUGUUUCCAGUUGCUUGGGCAGUGGUGGAGGUGGAAAAUACAGACAGUUGGACAUGGUUUCUUGAUUUGUUAACAAACGACCUUGGUUCAGUCACUGAAGACCUCACCUGGGUUCAUGAGAAUGAAGAGUUGACCUUCAUGUCUGACCGACAAAAGGGUCUAUUAGAAGCAUUUGCUAGAGUUGUGCCAACUGUAGAUGUUAGAUACUGUGUCAGGCAUAUCUGGGCCAACUUUAAGUUGGCUUUUGCUGGUGAAGCGUAUAGGCAAAGCUUUUGGAAAGCAGCUAGAGCAUCGACAAAGGCUCGAUUUGAAGAGGGAAUGGAAUCAAUCAAGCUUUUGUCAUUAGAUGCCUUCAAAUAUUUGGACAAAAUUCCACCAAAACAUUGGAGCAGACAUGCAUUCAAUCCAAAGUCCAAAUAUGCCAUGCUCCUUAAUAAUUGUUGUGAAUCAUUCAACAAUGUUUUAAGGGAAGCUAGAGACAAACCUAUUUUGACCAUGAUGGAAUGGAUACGACAAUAUGUGAUGAAAAGAGCUUUUGAAAAGCGUGACGGGCUAAGAAAGUUUGAGGGAAGUAUAAUGCCAGCCGCUAUGAAGCAACUAGAGGUUGCAUCUAAUAUAGCUAAACAUUGCUUUGAAACUAUAUCUGAUGUUGAUUUAGGCAACCCAGAAGAAUAUGUACAUAAGGCUUAUAGUAGAGAGGCUUACUUAUUAGCAUAUUCUCCUGUGUUUCAACCAAUGCCUGGUAUAAAACAAUGGGAUAGAACUCUGGAUCCACAACCCAACCCCCCUGGGUUUAAGAAGAUGUCGGGAAGACCAUCAAAAAAGAAGAGGACUAAGGAGAAAGGUGAAGAGGAGGCUCCAAAAGAACCUCCGGUUUUGAGAAAAAGAAAACCAAACGAAUGUGGGAAUUGUGGGAACUAUGGGCAUAAUAAAUCAACGUGCAAAAAUCCAAAAGCCCCCCCCAAACCGCCUGCAAAGAGAGGAAGGCCACCGAAGAAUGGUGGUGAUCAGCCUGAAAGUCAAAAUGUUCGUUCAUCCCAAGCACCACCAUCAUCACAACAUUAA